AUGGGCUUGGAUUUCCGUCUGCAGUCUGACCUUGUCGCUCUAAUGAGGGAAGAGAACCCCAGCCAGGAGGAGAUUUGCAGAGUACUGCGUGAAUCGAAGCAAGAUUGUACUGACUUACACUGCAUUAUCGACAUGAUCAUGCUGACGGAGGAUGAGGUUUUGUGUUUAUGGGAGAAAACAAAACAAGAGGCUGCAAAUUCUGGAACUUGGAUGCAUGCUAUGCUGGAACACCACUACAACGGUCAUCCGAUUGAGGCCGGAAGGAUGCGAGGCGAGUUUGACGCCGCCACAAACGUCAUAGAGAGUUUUGGCAUUCUGGAAACAUAUCGUACGGAGUGGUGCAUAUAUGCAACAGAAGAGGAUCUGGCAGGCUCCAUAGAUCUCGUGCUUCGCGAUCCUGUUAGUAACAUGCUUUACUUAGUCGACUGGAAGCGAAGUGAGAAACUCCAAGACAAGUAUCAGAGCUUUGGCAAGUAUAUGAAGCCUCCUCUGCAACACACAGGUGACUGUCAAGGAGAACAUUAUAGAUUGCAAUUAAACAUCUACAAGUGGAUACUGGAGAAGUACUACGGUGUGCAAGUAUCUGGAUUGAAGGUGGUCUGUGUCCAUCCACGGUAUCUGCCAGAUGGCUUCGUGGACGAUGUGCCAGACAUGCAAGAUACGAUCAGCGCUCUGAUGCAAAGCAGACGAGAUUCUGUACAGGCAGCCAAGGUUUCACAACUGCCAGCAGAUCCAAGACUUGCUGACACCCAACCCUUUCAAGUCAUCAAAACAUCACAAGCUUCACAGGAAGAUGUACAAGAUGACGUUCAGGCGCAACUAGAGAUCAUGCUGGAGAAUGACGAACAGGAUGUGCCUGAGCCUGCCAUGAAGCGACGUAAUUUCCCAGGUGCCAAGAGUCAUGCUUUGGACUUUCGCAAGAUGAUGCAGCGUUGUGAUACUAUCAUGGAGUCUACUCUGGACGUAUAUCGCCCUGAUGUUUGCCUGAAGCCCAAUACUAUUCUCCAUAACACCAAGCGAUUGCUUUCGGAGAUUAAGUCCCUAUAUCCGUUCUUGUCAGAAGGAAUUGCUCGCCUUAUUCUAGUCGCAGUACAUAUGACGGAAGGCAUGGCCGGGGACAAGCCCAUGCUGGCUGACUCGGCUGCUCUGACUUGGAUGAUUGAGGGGCAAAGACACAUGAGAGUUCACAAGGGCUUCAUGUACAUCUACGACGAUGACGGCUGCUUCUUGCCGUUCAACGGCAUUCCGCCUGAGUCGGUUCUGCAGCGCGUACAUCAGUUCUUUGUGUAUUUGGAGGGCGUUUUCAGACGCAUGAAGCCCGAGACGUCCAGGAAAGCAGAUGCAAUCGCAAAGGCUGUUGUAGCAGACUUGCAGUCCUUUACUACUGAGGAAGAGUACUUGGUGUCUUUACGGGAAGCCACGAACAGCAAAAAUCGAACCCCUGCUUAUCCUGGCCGACUGGAUGAGGACGAAGAUGGCUAUGAGCCUGAUGACCGACCUAGAGCAGGGAAACAAGGAAAGCUACCUGAAUUGUGGACAACAACAAUGGCAGAAAGAGCAUGGAAACUAUCCUGUACAAUCAGAUACGAGCUCAUGCAAACAAGAAUGAUUUCCUUACUGGUAGAGUGGUGCGAGACAGAGGAUAUGCGGUCCUCAUGUGUCUGUUACAAUGACAUAUGCUUCCAGUACGACGAUCCAGGCUCUUCCCUUCCUGUAAAGACAGUCAAAAAGGGACCUGAGAACAAUUGCUACGUCCGCAUACCACAUCCAUUGCUCGACCCUGUGAUGGAAGCAAACAAGCAAAGACUACAGCUAUUCUAUGAGCGCACCUUCUGGUGCAACAUCGACGUGUAUUCCUUGCAUCUGUCAGAGAUGUACGGGCACAAUCAUGCUUUCUUCGAUCCGAAUAUUUGGCAUAUGGACGAGGAGUUGCGCAAGCAGGUUGAGUCCUUUGCGAAAUGUUUUAUUCUGACAGGACAGGAGGCUCCUGAGACCUCCAAGAAGUUCCAUGUGGAUCUAUACAAGAAAACCAUCUCGGCCGACGGCGUUAUGGGCCGGAAGCCUUACGGCUACUCUACACGCAUGUUUCACACGGUGGGUUGGACUCGAUUGGAAGUGAAUAGGAUCAUGCAGUUCUUGGGAGUGAAGAACAGUACUUUCAACUCUAUGUUCAGACGUUCUCUUGUAUGGAAAGCAAAAGCCCGCUUCAUCCACAAGAAGUUCCUCGCCAAAUAUCCGGAUCACGAACUUGACGGUAUCUUUGAAGCUGACCCCAGCUUGAACAAAUUUCUGACGACUUCACAGGCAUCCGUAGCUGGUUUGAGGUUACAGUGGGCGUUCGAAUGCGAUCAUAACAAAGAGGAUUGCUACCAGAUCAUUGAAGACUAUUGUAACGGAGGCGACAACUAUUUAACGGAGGAUACAAUGAGAAGCGCCUGCGGACUGCCGGUGCGUCAGCGGAACUUACAAAUGGAGGAGGGACUCGCUAACUUGCUGAAUGCGGAUGCAGAUAGUGAUGCCGAAAGAGAGAACAAGAAGACUGCGUGGACUUGCCUUCGAGAGGCUCUGGUCGAGCACAUGCUAGACAAGGAACUGGAGGGUAUUUCUUUCUAUGAAUUCAAAAA